CCCCCCCCCCCCCGCCUCCUCCCGGCAAUUGAUUUGCGAUAUUACCCUAAGGUGGAUGGACAGGCGAGCGCGGUUUCCCGUCAGUUGCUACCCUAGCCCAGUGCUCCACUCCCUCUUCCAAGGGGGUUUGGCAGCUGGGUCACGCGGGACGAAGUUCGGGCAGGGUCCUCGGCCCCUGCCAUGAAUGAAGGUGGUUCCCGCAUCCGCCGGCGGGUUGCUGUCCGCAAAAGGAACCGGCCUAGCUUAGAGAGCAUUUUUGCCUCCCCCACCGCCGCCGAUCUCCAGCCAGGCGAUGAGGAGGAGGAGGACGAGGAGGAGAUGAUGGCUGGAAGUCGGCGGAAGAAAACCGCGGACGUGCAGCCGGUCGAGAAUAAUGACAGUGAAGAGGAUAUGUUUGGUGACUAUGAUAGCUUUGCUGAAAACUCUUUUUUAGCUCACGUUGAUGACCUGGAACAAUAUAUGCAGCUUCCUGAACAUAGGAGACAUGCCUCAGACCUUGCCAGUGACGAUCUUUGUUCAGAAAGCGACAAACACAACAAACUCAGCGUUACUACCAUAGACAACUUUACUGAAUUAAAAAUGGAUGAGCACACAAAGAACCAGAGUAGGCAGGAAGAUGUCUGUAUUGAACCUGAACCUGAUCUUUUGUAUGAUAUACCUUCCUCCCAGGUUUUAUACUUUGAAAAUUCUUCAAGUGAUUUGGGCGAUCAGUCUACCAAAGAAAGGGAUUGCAAUUCCUCCUCCCACAAGACUGUGAAUGAGGAAUUACCCCAGAAUAGCAUAGAACAACACCAGCAAACUGAUGAUCCCUCUUCUAAAGUCAGAACUAGCUCAGAGGAGAAUAGAAGAAAAAGUCUUAAAGAACAUCUAAAAAGUGCCAUGACUGGAAAUGCCAAGGCCCAAACACCAAUAUUUUCUAAGACUAAACAACUCAAAGAGACUCUCCUAUCUGAGGAGAUUAAUGUUGCCAAGAAAACAAUUGAGUCAUCAUCAGAUGACCUUGGUCCUUUUUAUUCAUUACCCAGCAAAGUGAGAGACCUUUAUGUUCAGUUCAAGGGAAUUGGAAAAUUAUAUGAAUGGCAACAUACUUGCUUAACACUGAAUUCUGUGCAAGAAAGAAAAAACUUAAUAUAUUCCUUGCCAACGAGUGGUGGAAAAACCCUUGUGGCUGAGAUUUUAAUGCUGCAAGAACUGCUUUGCCGGCGGAGAGAUGUUCUAAUGAUCCUACCAUAUGUGGCAAUUGUCCAAGAAAAGAUUUCAGGUUUGUCAAGUUUUGGUAUAGAACUGGGUUUCUUUGUUGAAGAAUAUGCUGGAAGCAAAGGAAAGUUUCCCCCAAUUAAAAGAAGGGAAAAAAAAUCUCUCUAUAUUGCCACUAUUGAAAAAGGACAUAGUCUGGUGAACUCCUUGAUUGAAACCGGAAGGAUUGGCAGUCUGGGUCUGGUUGUUGUAGAUGAGUUACACAUGAUUGGUGAAGGAAGCCGUGGGGCUAUACUGGAAAUGACCCUAGCAAAAGUCCUCUACACUAGCAAAGCAACUCAGAUUAUUGGCAUGAGUGCAACACUGAACAAUGUUGAAGACCUUCAAGAAUUCCUUCAAGCAGAAUAUUACACCAGUCAGUUUAGACCAGUUGAAUUAAAAGAAUAUUUGAAAAUAAAUGAUGUGAUAUAUGAGGUUGACAGCAAAGCUGAGAAUGGCAUGACUUUUUCACGUCUACUGAAUUAUAAGUAUUCUGAUACUCUGAAAAAGAUGGAUCCUGAUCAUUUGGUAGCAUUGGUGACAGAAGUUAUUCCCAAUUAUUCCUGCUUAGUUUUUUGUCCCACUAAGAAGAACUGUGAAAACGUAGCAGAAAUGAUAUGCAAAUUUUUAAGCAAGGAGUAUCUGAAACACAGGGAGGAAGAAAAACAUGAGGUGAUUAAAAACUUGAAGAAUGUCAGCAGUGGCAACUUGUGUCCUGUUUUAAAGCGCACCAUCCCUUUUGGGGUUGCUUAUCACCACAGUGGUUUAACAAGUGAUGAAAGGAAACUCUUGGAAGAGGCCUAUUCCACGGGAGUUCUGUGCCUUUUUACCUGCACAUCCACCCUCGCAGCAGGCGUUAAUCUACCAGCUCGAAGAGUUAUUUUAAGAGCUCCCUAUGUUGCCAAGGAGUUUUUAAAGAGGAACCAAUAUAAACAGAUGAUUGGCCGAGCUGGCCGUGCUGGGAUAGAUUCUAUUGGGGAGAGUAUCCUUAUACUGCAAGAAAAAGACAAGCAACAGGUAUUGGAGUUAAUAAGCAGACCAUUGGAAAACUGUUAUAGCCAUCUUGUUCAAGAAUUCACUAAGGGAAUCCAAACUUUGUUUCUCUCUUUAAUUGGUUUGAAGAUUGCAACAAAUCUUGAUGACAUAUAUCACUUUAUGAAUGGUACAUUUUUUGGUGUUCAGCAAAAAAUUUUGUUGAAAGAAAAAAGCCUGUGGGAAAUAACUGUGGAAUCACUUAGGUACCUGACAGAAAAAGGACUCCUACAAAAAGACACUACUGAUAAGUCUGAAGAAGAUUUCCAACAUGGUUUUCAUAUUACAAAACUGGGACGAGCUUCUUUUAAGGGAACUAUAGAUUUGGCUUAUUGUGACGUUCUCUACAGAGACUUGAAGAAAGGUCUCGAAGGACUUGUACUCGAAAGCCUUCUUCACCUAAUUUACCUAACAACUCCCUAUGAUAUGGCUUCUCAGUGUGACCCAGACUGGAUGAUAUACUUCAGGCAGUUUAGCCAGCUCAGUCCAGCAGAACAAAAUGUAGCUGCUCUUCUUGGAGUCUCUGAAAACUUUAUUGGGAAGAAAGCAUCAGGUCAAGCUAUAAAGAAGAAGGUGGACAAGGACAUUGUCAACAGACUAUACCUGUCUUUUGUUCUUUAUGCCCUGCUCAAAGAGACCAACAUUUGGAGUGUGUCUGAAAAAUUUAACAUGCCUCGAGGAUAUAUACAGAGUCUUCUUACUGGAGCUGCCACGUUCUCCUCUUGUGUGCUACAUUUCUGUGAGGAACUUGAGGAGUUUUGGGUUUAUAAAGCCCUUUUGGUAGAACUUACCAAGAAGUUGACUUACUGUGUAAAGGCAGAGCUCAUUCCCCUCAUGGAAGUGACUGGAGUUUUAGAGGGUCGAGCAAAACAGUUGUACAAUGCAGGUUAUAAAAGUCUAACGCACUUAGCUAAUGCAAAUCCUGAAGUGCUAAUAAGAACAAUCGAUCAUUUAUCAAGACGCCAGGCCAAGCAAAUUGUUUCAUCAGCAAAGAUGCUGUUGCACGAAAAAGCAGAGGCUUUGCAAGAAGAAGUGGAAGAGUUGCUGAGAUUGCCUUCUGAUUUCCCCGGAAUUACCUCUUCCACCGAGAAGGCAUGAAGCCAUCUGACAAGCAUUUUCUAAGAUGACUGACUUAGUAGACAUAUUUUUCUUAAAGACUCUCUAUAAUUUAAAAAUGAAAAAAUACAUUUUAAUUAUACAUUAAGAACUGUGGAUGAUGUUUGAAUAUACCUCUCACCCUUCCCACUAAUAAUCCAUCUUCUUCGAUACCUGCACGUUAUUUCUCUGCUCAAAAAUCUAGUGUCCUCCACAAAAUGAGAUCCAAUUGCCUCAGCAUAUCUCCGGCCUGCCUUUGCUGCUAGACCUUUUAUUAUUCUCUUAAUACCUCCUUUCAUCAAACUGGACUAAAUCCCAAAAUUUUCCCACGAUUUCCAAACUCUUCCUUUCCUAAUUGCUUUAAUGCUAUACCCAGUGCAUCUUUAAUAUGUACAGUAUGCCCAGCUGUCAACUAAAGAUGCGCAAACACUGCCUCCUGGCUGAAAUUGUCCAAGUACGUCCUGAUCCCCACCCCAUACAUGCUUCUUUCCCUCCUGUAAGUAUUCUGAGCCUUUCAUUAUGCCCAUGUCCUUUUUCAUACUGGUAGUUUGAAACCUCCUGGAGGACCAAGACCUUUUUUUAUCUUCUUUGGAUGCCACCCGGCACUUAAGCCCAGUGUCACACACCAAGUAGGAACCUGUGCUAAGAAUGAGUACUACCCGAAUUAACAAUUCAAAGAUUCUCUUUAAACACAACUUAAGUCGCUUCUCAUCAGGGAAAUACAAAUCAAAACCACACUCAGAUAUCACCUCACGCCAGUCAGAGUGGCCAAAAUGAACAAAUCAGGAGACUAUAGAUGCUGGAGAGGAUGUGGAGAAACGGGAACCCUCUUGCACUGUUGGUGGGAAUACAAAUUGGUGCAGCCACUCUGGAAAGCAGUGUGGAGAUUCCUCAGAAAAUUAAAAAUAGACCUACCCUAUGACCCAGCAAUAGCACUGCUAGGAAUUUACCCAAGGGAUACAGGAGUACUGAUGCAUAGGGGCACUUGUACCCCAAUGUUUAUAGCAGCACUCUCAACGAUAGCCAAAUUAUGGAAAGAGCCUAAAUGUCCAUCAACUGAUGAAUGGAUAAAGAAGUUGUGGUUUAUAUACACAAUGGAGUACUACAUGGCAAUGAGAAAGAAUGAAAUAUGGCCCUUUGUAGCAACGUGGAUGGAACUGGAGAGUGUGAUGCUAAGUGAAAUAAGCCAUACAGAGAAAGACAGAUACCAUAUGGUUUCACUCUUAUGUGGAUCCUGAGAAACUUAACAGAAACCCAUGGGGGAGGGGAAGGAGAAAAAAAAAAAAGAGGUUAGAGUGGGAGAG